AUGAACCCAAUUACGAGAGCAUACUCCCUUCUAAGGGCGACCAACGUCCCAAUGCUCCGUUCUGCUACCCGAACAACCAUUCAAGCCUCUUCGCUGCGAUUGUACGGUCAAAGCGCCUACGGAGGAUACGAAAACAGCCCUGCGAAAUCCGACAUUUCCCGCGCAAAGGAGCAUCCAGGCCCCCCACCCCCAAACACGAAAUCAUCCUCAACUUCCUCUCACAAAUCAACCGGCCGCGCAACCGGCGGCUCCAGCCCAACCUCCCCUUCCUCUCCCUCCCGCUCCGACCCCGAAGCCGAAGCUGAAUCCCAGGAACCCUACUCCUCCACUGCUCCCGACGCACCUAAAGAUCCCGAGAAGUCCGAGGCGCACACGAUCCAGCGCGUGCCGUCGAACAAGGCGCAUCCGACUAUCACCACUGGGAAGCAAUCACCGAAUGUUGAUGAGGAGGGACAUCGUCGAAAGGAUAUCCCGGAGGAGGUGAAAAAGCAUAACAGAGGGGUCGAACAAAGGCAUGAUCGGUCGUACAAUCAGAUUACGGAUGAGGGGAAGGUGCAGAAGGGGUUCUAA